UUUGAUUGAGGGACCAAAAGCGGAAAAGGAGUGGCCAAGUGACGUAGGGGAUGUUUUGCUAACGGGUAGCUAACAGCUACUGUAUGCUAACUUUGUGUUAUAGUUGGCUUCUUGUUCGAAUCUCUCCGAAGUUACCACAUACAGUCCGGCUCUUUGGAAAAUUUGACAUACAUGUGAAUUUUCAACAUUUUAAAACAAACCGAGACAUGAACGGGAGUACGAAUCCGCUGUUGGACAAAGAGGAGCAUGUUUUGAAGCUCGGAGAAAGCUUUGAGAAGAGGCCAAAAUCUUCCUUUCAUACUAUCAGAUAUGACUUCAAACCAGCGUCUAUCGACACAAGCUGCGAGGGAGAGCUACAAGUUGGGAAAGGAGAUGAAGUUACUAUCACGUUACCUCACAUUCCGGGCUCCACGCCUCCCAUGACGGUAUUCAAAGGAAACAAGCGGCCGUACCAGAAGGACUGUGUGCUCAUCAUUAAUCACGACACAGGGGACUUCGUCCUGGAGAAGCUGAGCAGCAGCAUCCAAGUCAAGAAAACCAGGGCGGAGGGCAGCAGUAAGAUCCAGGCACGGAUCGAGCAGCAGUCGGUUCGGUCCAGCCAGCCCAGCUCUCAGUUCCGGGCCCCCACCAAGCCCGGGGCCGGGGUCAAAACCUCCCCUUCUCCUUCCAAGGAUAAUCCCUCCCCAGAGCCUCAGCUCGAUGACAUCAAGAGAGAGCUGCGAGCCGAGGUGGAGGUGAUUGAGCAGAUGAGCAGCAGCGGCAGCAGCAGCUCCUCAGACUCGGCCAGCGCCUCAGGGAGCGGCGACGACAGCAGCAGUGACGGCGAGCACGACGCCCCCCGACCGCUCAGCCAGACCUCGCCCAACCGCCCCCCAGUGGCCAACGGGGGAGCCGAGCGGCAGCAGGGCAACAACCAGCUCAUGAACACACUCCGAAAUGACCUACAGCUCAGCGAGUCGGGCAGCGACAGUGAUGACGACUGAACUCUCUGCUGGUCAGUCUCUCUCUCUCUCUCUCUCUCUCUCUCUCUCUCUCUCUCCACACUCCUCCUUUCCGCCUGGUGCACUUGACUUGUUCCUUUGCUGUGAUAGCUGACACCGGCUGUAUAUCUUGGCUUGACUGUAUUUCUGAUUUGAUUUUAGUAUAUCCUUAAAGCUGGCCAGCCCGGGACUUUAAGAGUGUAUUUUUAUUAGAUGUAUAUUUUGUUUUGUAUAGCAAGACUUUUAGAAAAAGAAACUUUUUCUUGAGAGGUUUGGAAGAUUAUAUAUUAGAGUGCACAUACAUAUUUUCUGUACUUAGAGCAGCUAGUUUUAUCUACUUGUAUCAUGUGUUUUUGUUGGGUUUUGUCUUGAUGCUAAGACAUGGAAUAGAUUGUCUUAAAAUAUCACCCCUCAUUCUCUCACCUUGUCUGGUUAUUCAUCAGAGAAGGUUGGAGGGGCGGGGGGGAAGCCUCUCCACAUCGUUUUUAUCAAUUCGCUAUGAAUACAAAAAUUGCAGCAUUGCACAGAUAACCUGUGCAGCCUGCACAUCAGCAACAAAUCAAAGAAAACACACGUCUGCUUAUCUAGUGGGUUGAGAUCAGUGUGGAGCACAAUACAAUCAGCUGUACUCUGUGCCUUCCUAAUCUCAACUUUCAUAGUUUUAAACUGUCUGCUGAUUAUCUUAGUUAUGAAUAUCACCUUCAUUUGUUAGAAAUGAAUAAUUAGAAUUUUUGUGGGAUUUGUUGACAAGAAGAAAAAUACAGAAUUGUACUGGUCUUGUUCUUUAAACAGUUAUCUCACAACAGAAAACUAGAUGAACUUUUAGGUUGCUGUUCUGUAAUGAUUUCACUUCAAGGUUUUGGCAUGGUGAGUUCAGUUUAGUCAUUCCGUGGCAUAUAACAACACAUAGCCGUUGAUUAAGAUUCUGCCUGAUUUGAUUUAGAUUUCUGGCAUCCAGAGCCACAUCAUUGGAGCCAAGUAGCAGCUGUUAGAAGCUGCAUUUUGUCAUUUUGUCAUCUGUUUUGUAACCACAAGGGGGCAGAAAAGGCCCCGAAAUCAAACUCACAGAAACACAGACCUGAUAUGUAUGAGCUAAUAAUGUUGUGGCUAACGUGGUAGCAACAGUUGAAUGUAAGUUUGGUCACCAACUCCUGAGAAAAAUAUCAUAAAACAUACAAACAUACAGUCUGUUUGUAGCUGGAGAAAAACAAUGAGCCAAAAGAGGCAAAAAGUCCCAGUCCAGUUGAGCUGCAGAGUCGGCUGUUAUUGGCAGUGCUGGUAUUAUUUUCAAAGUGACCACUAUUUGUUUCAUCAGUCGUCUCAUUUAUUUUCCAAUCAAACAGAGAACAUGUUAUUUUUGAUCCCACAUGUUCAUAUAUUACAUAUAUUGUAGGAAUUUCCCAUGCCUUACAGCAGAAAGUCUGGACAUAAAGAUGAAUGUGUCAUUUUGUGAAUAAAUGCCAAAGAGGUGAACGGCCCCUCAUCAUGUGCAGAGAGCAGGAGCGUUCACAGUGUAACAGUGUCACGUCGGUGUGUAAAUGUUUUCAUUUUUGCUUUUAGCCGAGACUGUUUGAGUUGUCGUGCAUUAGGGAUCGACCAAUACUGGCUUUUCGAGGCCGAUAGUGAUACCGAUUAUUAGUAGUUAAUGAAACCGAUAACCGAUAUUUGGAACAGAUAUGCGAUUACAGUGAAAAUGAAAAUCUUUAAGUCAAAAUUAAGAUUUUGGAAUGUUAC